AUGGGCGAGUUCAUCGCCCUAGGCAGCACCCAAGCCGCCGGCGUGGUGGAGCCGGGUCAGUUGGGCAACCUGCUGCCCCCAGCCUUGCCGCCCGCAAUUGCCAGAGUGGCGUCGUCGGUGACGACUUCCGUUGGCGGAAAGAUUGAUGCGAAGGUGGACAUCGGUGGAAGGCCAGCGGGGCUUUUGCGGCGCUUGGCAUAUCUGUACCGCUUACCUGGAUUGAAGCAUCGGCUGCGCGUGGCGGAACAAUGGUUGGAGCGUUCCUCCAGGGCCAGUGGAGAUAUCUCUUCCAACGUACUGCCUGGCCUCUGA